UGCGAUGGCGAGAAUUAGACCCCUUUUUUGGAUUAGCUGCGUGCUGCUACUUGGCGUGGAUCUUAAACUUGCCUGGGCCGAUCCCAAUGUCGCGCUCUUCAACCAAGUGCUUAGUUACAUGGAUCAAAGUCUCGAGCCCUGCCAAAACUUUCAAAACUAUUCAACCAAGUACGCAAAAUGGAUAAAGCCACCAACGCAUGCAAAGUUUCAUACCAUGCUCGCCGAAUUAAAGGAUCAGGACUUUGAGGAGGGUAGCCUGGAGGGAAAAAUCCAGCGAUUCUAUAAUAUCUGUCUGGCAAGGACGCCAAGACCUUUUUUCAUGGAACCAGUGCAACGAUUGACUCUCCAGGAACUGGAGAUCCAGCAUGGGAUAUCCCUGAGCAAAUAUCUCGAGUUCAAUUUCGAUCAAACCGUUCCGCCCAAUGCCACUGUACAUGUUAUGAGCCAGGAGAUCUUUCAACAGUUCAAGGAACUGUUGAAAAACUUUAACCCGGAUGAAACGCGGAAUACUAUCCAGUUAUAUGGUUCUUUUCAAUUCUCGCUAAGUUUUCCCGACAUCGAAAGGGUUUAUGAAUGUUCCACAUUAACGUCCACUUACCUGGAGUUAGCUUCCAACCUACUUUAUGAGGAGCGUGUUUUGGGACCCGCAAAAGUAAGUCAAUACCAGUCCCAAGUUCAACCAAUUUUCAACGCGAUCCGCCAUCAAAUAAUCACCCGACUCAAUAGAAACUCAGUUAACUGGACGACGACUGAGAUUAAGGAUCUUCAAGAUAACUUAAAGAGUUUGACCCUUAGAAUUGGACACCUACCAAAGAAACACAAUCACCGUCAGUUUGUAACAAACCGCUAUAAGCACUUAAAUUUUACCAUUGAAGACGACUACGAUUCUGCAGUUCUUAAGGCUCGGCAAGACCUGGGUCUUGAAGAAGAGCGCGAACUGUUUAGCGGUUUCUCUAAAAUUCAUCGAUCUGGAAAUAUCAUUGCGGUGCCUUACAAUCUAUUGGAAAAUUUAGCCUUUGACCUCGAAAGCCAUGACUUAUUUAAGAUGACCCAGCUGGGGAUUCAAUUAGUCAUAGCUAUGGUAGAUAUUGACAAAGGAAAAAGUUGUACCCAAAAAAACAUUGAUUUUCUAAAAAUGUUGGACGGUUUUCAGUUUAAUGUACCAAUGUACCACCAAUGUACAAACCGUUCGAAUAGCGAUAAUUUAUUAGCUAUUCAACAAAUUGUCCUAAUCGCCCUGAAUAUUGUCCAUGAAUCCUACUUUGCACCAAAAUCAAAGUUUACACAGAUCCAGCCCAGCUUCACCACAACAACCUUGAAACAGCUCUCUUUCUUGAGGUUGGCCCAAAGCUAUUACAUCGAAUUAACUGGGUUGCCUUUGGACGGAAUGCUUAAUCAAUUGACAAAGCUGCCUUCAUUCGUCCAGGCCUUUAACUGUCCUAAUUUAAGAUAGGAUGACAACAAGCUACCUCAAGAGUAAUAUUCAAAAUUCAAUAUCAAAAUUGAAUUGAAUAA